AUGUUCCACGCACACUGCGUGGCAGCCGAAGUUAAGUUCGUAAAGCUGCUCGAGACGGUGGACAAGGCGACGAAAAGGAAGAAGCCCAACCCCGUCUUCGUGUCAAACAACACAAUUGUCACCGCCCACCUGAUGAUCACGCCGCCAUCGUGUCUGGAGUCGUUCUCGUUCUGUCCACAAUUAGGAAGGUUCACACUCAGAGACGAAGACAAGACGAUAGGAAUCGGAAAGGUGCUAGAGAUCUUGAAAACAGAGUAA